CACACAAAGGCGAGAAGAGGCGAGUAGCCGCAUCCGCCCCUGAACAGAACGUUUUUAUGUCUGAGUGUGAAUUUUUGGAUUUCUGUUUUGUAAACGCUGCCUAAAGAAGUUACCCCCAGGAACUCCCCCACGGUGUGACUAUAAUAAUGCCGGAACCCACAGCAGACACAGACUCCCUUGGGGAGGUGAUCCCCCCACGGAGGGGGUCUGGGGCGUCUCAGAAGUCCAGCAACAGCAGUGAGGGGUCCGAGAAGAACAUCAAGAUGGGCGAUACGGAGGUGGUGUUCGUGGACCAACUACACCAGAAGUAUGAAUGUGUCUUCUGCAAUCAGGUGUUGAGGUACCCGGUGCAGUUUGAGGAAUGCGGGCAUCGUUGUUGCACCUCUUGCCUGCCAAGCCUUCUCCGAGUUGCUCCACGAUGUCCUUUAGACCAAUCACCAGUUUCCAGGGACAGUGUGUACGUGGACACUGCCUUUGGGCGGGAGAUUGGCGAGCUGGGUGUCAAGUGCCCAAAUCACACGAGAGGUUGCGGCUGGAAUGGAGUUCUCAAUGAUAAUAAGGCUCACUUCCAGCAAUGCAUGUACAACGAGGUAGACUGUCCCAACUCCUGCGGGGCCCACUUCGAAAAGCGGUUCCUGGAGGCUCACGUCAACGAUGACUGUACCAAGAGAAUGGUAACCUGCGAGUUCUGCGACAAGAAAAUCUUCUAUAAAGAUGAGAUUGCUCACAUGAACGCGUGUAAGAAGUUCCCGGUACCUUGCCCGAACGGAUGCAAACUGACUGAUAUUCCACGGGAGAAGGUCAAAGAUCACGUAGAGAACGACUGCCCCAAGGCGAAGAUACCCUGCCCAUUUCAAACUAUGGGUUGUGACUUUAAGGGUGAACGUCAAAAGAUGCAGAAACACGUGCAAGACGAGCCAGUGGAGCAUCUGACCUACGUAGGGGAUUCGAUGCUGAAGCACGCUACACUACUGGAGAAACACAAGGAGAUGCUUGUUGACCAUAAGGAGUCUUUGGGCACGUGCGUGCAGAAGGUCCGCGAUCUUGAGAUGCUGUACGGCUCACAGCUCGUCUGGAAAAUCGACCGCUACGCCGAGAGGAUGCAGGAGGCAAAGACCAACAAGAAAGUGACCAUCUUCAGCCCGCCAUUUCUAACCAGUCGACAUGGUUACAAGAUGACGGUAUCGGCUUGUCUGAACGGCGACGGGAAAGCCAAGGGUCAUUUCAUGUCCGUCUUCGCCUGCAUCUGCAAGGGUGAGUUCGACGCCCUCCUUCCUUUCCCCUUCUCCCAUCGGAUCACCUUCACCAUGAUAGACCAGUGCCAGGACCCUUCGGCACGGCGUAAUAUUUCCUACACCAUCAAGCCCAAUCCCUGCAAGGAGAACAAGCCGUUCCUCGGCAGGCCCGUCGGGGACCGCAACGCUAGCUUCGGAACGCAGAAGUUCAUCCCGUUGAAUACGCUCAAGACGCUGGACUACAUAAGGGAUGAUACAAUGUUCAUUAAAGUCCACGUGGAUUAUGAUAACAUGAUACUUUUGUAGAUAACUAUAAUAUAUUAUUUUAAAGGUACUGGUCACUAUUGAUUAUUUCUCAAAAUGAUUAUUAGCAUAAAAACUUAC